CCCUUGUUUUGGCCUCGUCAUUGUCAUGUAGCGCGAGGAACACAAAACAGUUUGGAUGCUCGUGCACUUCCGGGACUUUCGUAAUAUUGUCAACAGGGCGCGUGCACGGCGGCAGGAGCGACCCUCCUCUUUUCAGGCAGAAACCGGUGAAUCAGGGAAAGCGGCCAAGCCCUCCCUGAAUCUCAUUACUGCACUGAGCUUCUUGUAUUUGUCUUUAAACUUGAAGGGACUGACGGCAGAAACGCGGACGGAAGGCAUGCUAAGACAGCAGUCGCUGUGGGGUUAGGAUGUCUGACGACAAAGAACAGCUGAACCAGAGGAUAAACGAAAGACAGAUCUGCUACUACAGUGAUGACAGCGAAGAUUAUGGCAGUGAUGAAGAAGGAUUGCAUGACCAGUCCCACAGCGCCCCCUUCAGCUCUGAUAAUGAGGCUCAGGGUGGCAAUCCGGCUGUAUGGCAGUGCACCCCUCCCCCAUUUACCUCGCCUUUGGCGGAGACGCCAAACCGCCCACCCACCUCGCAGCCUCUGUCCAGACCCCACUCAAGGCCAGCAAGCCAAAGCCCUACCCCUCCCUCCACUCUGACAGGAACUAAGAAGAGGAGCUCCAGACCAGCUCACAUGAGACGAAACAUCAGGAAAUUGUUGAGUGAACAUCAAUUAGAUGCAGUGACCAAAACCGCCCAGCAGGAGGAGCUUGAGAGAAGGCAGCGUCUGGAGGAGCAAAGAAAGCAGGACUUUCCCCUACCUCUGCUGCCUGAAUACACAACUGGCGAUGUUACUCAGCACGUGCCCUCAUCGUCAGCGUCAGUGUCAUUCCAGCAAGAAGUAAAGGCCACCAGACAGGAAGUGAUCCGCUUUGAGUCCAGCAGCUCGAGCAUCAGCGAAGACCAAUGCAAGACUGACAUAACCACCUCUGCAGCUACAGCACAAAUACAAAAAACAGAAAUAAUAGAUUUGAGGAUAAAUGAGGAUGACACUGUUGCUCAAGUCUCCAAAGACGAAGAGGAGAGUGAAUCUAGCGGUGCACAUGCCAACGAUGCCCUUAACCAACCAGAUGCCGAGGGCAGGGUGCUCAUCAACCUCAACCAUCCAGCUACAGAGGAAGAUAUUUUCUUGUCACCACAGCUCGCUCAAGCAGUCAAACCUCACCAGAUCGGUGGAAUCCGUUUUCUGUACGACAACUUGGUGGAGUCCCUGGAGCUCUUCAGCAACAGCAGCGGAUUUGGCUGUAUCCUCGCUCACAGCAUGGGCCUAGGCAAAACUCUUCAGGUCAUCUCCUUCAUCGACAUCUUGUUCAGGCACACUGCAGCUCACACUGUGCUCGCCAUCGUACCGGUGAAUACACUACAGAACUGGCUGUCAGAGUUCAACACAUGGGUCCCUCCUCCUGAGGCAUUACCUCCAGACACUGAUCCUGCACUGGUCACACCGCGUGCUUUUAAAGUUCACAUCCUCAACGAUGAACACAAAAACACAGCAUCUAGGGCUAAGGUGGUGGAGGACUGGUCUCGGGAUGGUGGUGUCCUGCUGAUGGGUUAUGAGAUGUACCGUCUCCUGUCUUUGAAGAAGAACUUUGUGGCUGGGCGGAAGAAGAGGAGCAAAAAAACUGGAGGACCUAAUAUCAUAAACCUGGAUGAAGAAGACAGACAGCAGGAACUUCUUAAUGGUGUUGAGAAAGCCCUUUCCCGCCCCGGUCCAGAUGUUGUGAUCUGUGAUGAAGGACAUCGCAUUAAGAACUGCCAUGCCAGCACAUCUCAGGCCUUAAAGAACAUACGAACCCGGCGGCGUGUAGUUUUAACUGGCUAUCCGCUCCAGAACAAUCUCAUCGAGUACUGGUGCAUGGUUGACUUUGUCCGUCCUGACUUUCUAGGUACCAGACAGGAGUUCAGCAACAUGUUUGAGCGCCCCAUCCUAAAUGGACAGUGUGUGGACAGCACUCCUCAGGACAUCCAGCUGAUGAGGUACAGGAGCCACGUCCUCCACAGCCUGCUGGAGGGCUUUGUGCAGAGGCGAGGCCACGAUGUCUUGAGAGACCAACUACCCUCUAAGGACGAGCAUGUGAUCCUGGUGCGUCUGUCACCUCUGCAGAGGGCGCUCUACACAGAGUUCAUGAACCGCUUUAGAGAGGCGGGAAACACCGGCUGGCUCAGCGUCAACCCCCUGAAAGCUUUUUGUGUCUGCUGCAAGAUUUGGAAUCAUCCAGACGUGCUGUAUGAGGCUUUGCAGAAAGAAAAUCUGGCAAGCGAGCAGGAUUUGGACGUUGACGACAUCACGUCUACUUCACAGGGCCGAUGUCCCACCGCAGCACCGGGUCCAAAGUCAAAGAAUGUGGACAACCCAGAUCCAAUUGGUGGAUUGAGUUUAAACCAGAUGCAGGAAAAAGCCAAUCAGGUCAUUACAUAUGAAUGGGCAAAAGAGCUCAUGUAUGACUACAAGCCUGGCAUCCUGGAAAACUCGGCAAAGAUGGUGCUGCUGUUCCACCUGAUAGAGGAAAGUGUCAAGAAGGGAGACAAAAUGCUUGUGUUUAGUCAAAGUUUGUCCACACUGACGGUGAUUGAGGAUUUCUUGGCCAAGAGACCCGUGCCUCCUUCGCCAUAUACAACUAGCAAAGACAGACCCAACCAGAACUGGGUCCGUAAUCUCAACUACUACAGACUGGAUGGAAGCACAACAGCUUCAGAGAGAGAGAGACUGAUUAACCUGUUCAAUGACCCCGCCAAUACCUCAGCAUGGGUUUUCCUACUUUCAACCCGGGCUGGGUGUCUGGGUGUGAACCUGAUCGGGGCGAACCGUGUCGUAGUCUUCGAUGCCUCCUGGAACCCCUGCCACGACGCCCAGGCUGUGUGCCGUGUAUACCGCUACGGACAGCGAAAACCGUGUCACAUCUACCGACUGGUGUGCGACUUCACUCUGGAGAAAAAGAUUUAUGACCGCCAGAUCUCCAAGCAGGGCAUGUCUGACCGUGUUGUGGACGACCUGAACCCUGUGUUGAAUUUCACCAGGAGGGAGGUUGAGUCCCUUCUUCAUUUUGUGGACGAGGAACCAGAUUCAUCUCAGGUCAGGCUGCAGCCUGGAGAAAUCAGUGAGAGCGUCUUGCAGAGAGCUCUGCACCUUUACUCCCACCUCAUCACCAAGCAACCCUUCCCCCAUGAAUCCCUUCUAAUAGACCGCAGGGAGUUUAAACUGAGCAGCGCUGAGAAGAAAGCCGCUAAAAAGGGCUAUGAAGAGGAGAAGAGGGCCUCGGUGCCGUACACACGCCCAUCCUACGCUCACUAUUACCCUGCCAGUGACCAGAGCCUUACCAACAUCCCUGCUUUUAGCCAGAGAAACUGGCGCCCUCCAACCUGCACCAAGGAGAAACCAGUGGCCAGUGUCCGGCCAGUACAGUCUGCAUCAGUUCCCAUGAUGCCCCACCAUGUGGCUGCAGGUUCAGCCCCGGAUUGUGGCUCCUCUUCAUCCAGCCUCGGAGGCUUCCCUGUCAACUACCUGCAAAAAGCUGGGGUGUUCGUACAGAAGAUCGUCACCACUACUGAUAUAGUGAUUCCAGGUACCAACAACUUAACAGAUGUCCAGGCGAGGAUCACUGCUGGAGAAAGUAUUCAUGUUAUCAGGGGCACAAAAGGGACGUAUAUCAGGACAUCUGAUGGCCGAAUCUUUGCCAUCAGAGCAGCUAAUAAGGCCAAGACAGUGGACCAGAGUGCAGCAGCUCCUCCCAAAGACUUGAAGGCUCCGCCUCAGGAAGUUUCCUCCAGUGGCAGUAAUGGUUGCAUAUCCCCUGACAGGAAGCCGAUGGUACCCUCCAAGACUGUGCCCCGCCCUCUUUCCCCCGACAGCCCAGCGAUCAUCAACGAGUUGCAGCGCUACACGGCUGGCUCUGGGACUGAUGUGAGAGCAGCUGAGAGCAGCAUGAACACCCUGCCUUCUAACAAGCUGCUACAGAAAAAGUGUGGCAGCAGUGCAAGCACUUAUUCUGGGGAAACUAUGGGCCACCAUGAUGCCUCCACUACUAAUGUUAUCCAGCCGAAUGUGGACAACAGUGUUCCUCAAGACCUGAGAAUAGGCAGCAAGCGUAAGGCCUCCAGCCCGUUCCUGGAGAAACGAGUCAGUAAGCAGCCCUUCGCAGGAAAACACUCCUCAGCCCCUCCACCUUCACCAGGGUUUUCCUUCACAGGGGGCUAUGGCCUUCCCCCGAUGGGUCUCAGCUCUGCCAUGUUGGGCAGCUCAGUGGGGCAUCCUCUCUUCAUGGGGUCAAGCUCACAGUACUUCCAGCCACCCAACAAUCAGCUGGGAGACCCCACUUACAUGUAUCGAGAUGUGUUCGGCUUGCGCGGAGCUACCACUGUCCCCUAUUCCUCAUCCCAGUCUUCAUCCACAACAAUCAUGACUCCUGCCUCAUCGUCUCCUUCUGCAUCAGUCAAUGCUGCCAGUUCUCUUCCAGGAGCUCACCCAUCAUACAUAUUGAGCCCCAGCGUGGCUGGGAUGCUCCCACCAGGCUUCCCCCUCUCAUACAGUCCAUCUCUGGCCGGUCUUUACUCUGGCUCAAUGCUGCCAGGUCCGGCUGCCACUCCCGGUCCAGCCGGAGCCAGUUUCUUGUCUCAGUACCCCCAAACUACUGCCUCAGGCUCCUCCUCCUCCUCUUCCCCUUCCUCGUUUUCUCCAUCAGCACGCUUAGAGGGCUACCGGGCCCCGGUCCUGAUGAACGGCAGGGAGGUCAGCGGCAGCAGCGACUCUGAUGAUGAUGACGACAUUAUUUAGUUGAGGGGACAGUGAGACUUGAGAAAACUUUCAGCUCAUGCUGUUAGCCGGAAUGCAGCUCUUUCUGACGGGAAUGGACAAAGAGUAAAAGAGAGUUAAGGCUUAAAAUCUUCAUUUUGGUCACCUGUGUUGCCUUGGAGAAACAACCUGAAGGGUGACUGAACACAGACUGCACACUGAGUGACAAAUAUUGAAUAUCAAAAUGUGAAGCAUUUAAACAGAUCCAGAGGGGGAGAGAUUUGAAUUCUACGGACUGAGCUUCCAGAUUUGUUUGUCCAAUCCUGGCAUUAAAAAGCUCAUCACUGGAAUGAGAACUGCUGAGUGUGAGCCUGUAGUGACUACAAGUGGCCACUAGUUGAACUGUUAAUUUAGAGAUUCUAAAGUAGUUCCGCAGCUUUGCUAAAUGUGAAGACUCUUGCUUACAGCUAAUCAAAAAGACAACCAUAUCUUUAAGUUAUAGUUCAAGAUUUUUUAAGUAAGGUUCUGUUAAAAAGUUCUAAUUUUUUUUGGUGUGUUUAAAAAAAAAAGUAGAUUAUUUUUGACCCACUGUCUGAAGCUAAUGGGUAAUCUGAAAGGAUUGCUAGAAUAUGACAUUUUGGAUAUUGGAGUUUUUUUUCAAGUUGGUGGAAGCCCACUUUGGUCUUCUCUCUGACUAGCCAUUAGCUAAUCUAGAUUUCUACUAAAUAAAGCCACUAAAAGAGUUAAAUGCAGUACAAUAUUAACUGCUUAUGACCUUUUAUCAGAACCUCACUUCAAAACUCCUGACCUAUCCCAUUAAAGAAAAAGCGUCCUAACAGCUGAGGUAGCUUGUAGUAAAUUUGUUCAACUGAAACAGUUUUGUCACUUGUAGAAUACUGUUAAUGAAUAUUUCCUUGGACAGCUAAAGAAAAUGGUUAAAAUAUGGAACCAAACUCUGAAAAAAGGAUUGUUGUUGUUCUUAAUAAUUCAUUGCAGGACAGUAUAUCUUGUAUAUUUUUUGAAGGGCGAAAUGGUGUGUCAUCCUGGGGCUUGGUAAGGUUAAAAACAUUAUACUGAAACUUUAAAACUCCAAUGAAAGAAUGUACGAUUAAUCAAAUGCCUUCAUAUCGGGCCUUUUUCUGUCGGACAAGAUUCCUUCUACUUGGGCGUAGGAAGAUAUAGUUUUUUUUUUUCUUUUUUAAUGUGUACUGUAUUUUUCUGUGAUCUACUUUUACAAAAAACAAAACAAAACAGGCAAUUGCCUAAAAACAGUGAGGUGGGAAAAAAAUGCUAAUGAGGUGUUUUCCUUGUAGCGGAGAAACAACCAACAGAAGAUGCCUUUAUUUGCCUCCAAUCUUUCUGAAUGUUAGCUGUGAGAGAGGAGAGGUAAGGGGAGACCUAAUCUCACCCACAGUCUUACUGUAGCCUAGUGAAAAAUGAUGCAAACAUUCACUCAAGCCUAUAUAUAUACUGAUAUAACCCGAGGGGGGCUGAGCUUUAAAGCCCCUCCAAAGCUUUGGUUACGCUCGUGUUGUUACUGUGUUUGUGUCUGCGCCUUGUCUUUUUAAAGGUUACAAAAGGAAUCAUUUCAAAAAGUGAAAAAAAACCAAAUUUCUGACACAGAUUCAUACUUUCACUCUGCUGGGUUUUUUUCUCACCCAUUUUCAGUCUUUGUCUCAUCUUGCUUUGUGAGCAGAGUUGAAAUGUAAAACCAAACUUAAUUUUGGAGAAAUUGUGUGUCUUUUCCCGAAACCAAGUACAGCAGAAACUCAUCAGAAACCUCCAAAACAAAGAGGAUCGUGUCUUAAGAGACCAAAUAUUGAUUGCAGAGCAGAAGAAAUUACGUUCAUAAAAGGCAUGGGGCAGUUACUGGCAUUGAGGUACAUCAAGAUUGUUUUUUAAGUUAGGGUUUCAAAACUUAAAAAAUGUUUUGACUUAAUGUUCCUGUCUUAAAGCAGGAGUGACCAAAGUUCAGUCCACAGGCCAUUUGGAAGCAUUUUAUUUAUUUUUUAUUAAUUAUAAAAUUUCAAGAUUGGUAGAAAUUUGGCCCAUUAAAAAGGCAGUCUAAAUAUGUAGCAGCUUUUUUAUAAUUUAGUGCAAUAUUUUCACCUACAAAUGAAAAUGGAAGAUGUUGGGUACCACAAAAAGUCUUAAACUUUUGUUAAUCAGGUCUUUUCCUUUAAUCUUAGUUUCAUAGUGAAGACCUCCACAAACAUGCCGACUUUUACUUGGAGACAGACUUUGAUUCAAUCUUUCAUUAGAGUUGGCUAAAUAAAGCUAUCGUUUUUCAAGGAAAGAGUGACCCACAUCCUGUUGCUGAAAAAUUCUGGACCAAAAAAAUAGAAAACAGAAAGAAUGAUUUGAGGAAACUCUGUGCCUUUCUUUUAAUAAGGCGAACACAGAGACCCAUUAUUUGUUUCCUCUCUAUGAUUUCUAUAAAAAUUAGAUUACCUUGUUUGUUUCAGUAAAAUAUUGCUUCUUCAGUCUAAUGUUAAGCAGGUAAAAAAACAUUUUUAAUUGUUAUAAGUUUUACAUUUUUUAUUUCAAAAAAUAUUAUUUUUGUGGCCCAGGAGGACUUUUAACUUGACAAAUUUGGCUCACAUGGCAAAAGGUUUGGACACCACCAGUGUAAAAUUAUUUAAUGAUAUGCCUGACAGCAUAGAGUAAAACAGUGGUGCCUCUCUGCCACCUGUCGCUGCCCACUGCUUGUCUGCUGGCUGAACGAAACCUAGUCUGUUUACCUCAUACUUACAGAAAAGACCAAUGUUGCUGUCUAGAAAUGUUUCCAGUUACGAAAAACACGGAAACUAAUGGCACCGUCGGUCUUUCUGGUAACACUGCUUUAACACAACGAGCUGGCUGGCAAGCUGUUUUAAAUGGAAGCUGUUCAAUCAUUUAUUACAUCUUCUUUUUAAAUAUUUGUAUUGAUACCUUGAAACUGUGGUAUUUUUACUUCAGGUUAUCCUACCAUGAGAAUCUCAUACCAGCCCAUGCCUAGUCUAUAGCAGCUACCAUUGAGAAAUACAUAUGCGCGAAAUACACUGUGCUCCACUGUAAAACAGACAUUAAUCUGUGUAUGUAAGUUAAAAAAACCUGACCAGUUUCUUAUUCAUAUUAACCAUAAAUCAUCUUCAUCUUAAAAACGGAUUCGCGUUGUGUGAAAAUUUUCAUCUUCCCAGAACGGCUGCAGCUACAGAUUUAAAAGCUACCCGCUCCUCACACGGACACGAAAGUCUGAACAUAAUCAAACAAUAACUCAAGUAUUUUGUGUCUUUUUUUUGUCAUUCAUGGAUAUGUUGUUUAUAAUGAAACAGUUUACUCGUGUUGCAUUUUUUUUUUUGGCUCUUCUCAUUCAACUAGUACUGACUAUUACCAAAUUUAAAUUAUUUUUGACUUUGCAUAUUUAUUUAUUUUUAUUUUUGUACAGUGUAUUUUUGGUUUCCAAUUUCUUUUUCUUGAUCUUGUUUGUAAGAUUAUUAUGGUCCUGUUAGUGUUCGAGGUUUUUGUUUGCUUAUUAUGGAUGAACCGACAAUUAACCAGUUUGACCCAAUAACCAAUUACUAGACCAACCGAUUCCUGUGCUUGCUGAGCAAUAUUCAGGAUCUUAGAACAUACUGGCUAUCUCUGACAUGCCAUGACAGAAAACGUGAAAAAAGAAAGAGAAAAAAAAUGUGCUAUUUGUCACGAAAAAAACGCUGGAAGCUAUGCUUGAUAUUUGGACAAGCAAAGCCAUUUUGAUAGCAGUUAACGUAAAUUUCAAGACGUUUUUGUCUGAAUUUGAAUUUAAGUCCUGGAACAAAAACAGACAUUAAAUAAGCUGAAAAGAAAGCAACAACCACAGAUGCUUUCCAUUCCCUCUUUCAUAUUUCAUCACCACAUCCGAGUUGUUUGUCGUCCCAUGAUGCCAAAUAAAUUAUCUUAGGUGAUAAACUUCCUGCCCCAUCGGCUCGGCUUUUGCUGUUAAGACUGACUUGCUCUGUAGUUCGACAGCUUUCUACUUGAAUUUACAUAUUUAUUUAUAUGAAGCGGUUUGGGCGAGCCAGCUGAGCCGACUGUCUAAAUUCCAGUUUAGAUGAGGCGAAGGUAAUAAAAUCUGCUGACUUUAAGGAUGUUCUCUAUUCAAAGCCUGUUGAGCAGAUGAUCAAUGCUUAAUGAGAAUGGAUCACCAUUUUACAUAUUUUUGUUUGUUUUAUUCGACUUUGUAAAUAAAAGAAACAUGCUCUAAAUAAUUUUUUUUUUUUUUUCCUAAUUUCUUUAUAUUAGUUGAAGAAAUACACAUAGUGUAUGACUACAACUUUCCUCCAGAAAACCUUAGAUUAAGAUACAGGUGGAAGCUGCAAUAUCUAGAUUGGAAAAUGAAUCUGUACUGAUAACAGAUACUUUAAAACACAAUUUGGGUUUCUAAAAUCUAUGGGGAGACAGUAAAAGAGGUUAAAUCAUUAAAACCCGUCUCCCUUUUUUGGAGUAAGCACCACUGCACACACAUAAAUCAACUGACCGCAUGCAGAAUUGGUAAUAAUUAACCAAACCCUUUUAUGAAAUAAUGGAGUUUUGCUGAUUGAAACCUCAACACUUAACAGCAACUACAGUCCUACAGCCCUAACAGAGGAAACGGACACUUUAAGGAAUAUGUUUAAACUUAAAAAAGUUGCUAAAUAUGAAAAAUGGAAGUAUUAAAAGUUUUAACUUUAUCUUCCAUCAAAAAAAGAAAUGAAAAAAUACCUUAUAAAAAGGCUUCCAAGACAUAUAUGAAAAACAUAAUUUUAAAAUAUACAUUUAAAAAAAUCUUUGUUGUUAAAAAAAUGUAUUUCAUUUUCUUACCAGUUCCAGUCAUACUUAACAGUGCUUCCAUUUGGUCCUCCAUACAUCCAGUGUAACUCGUUAGUUAAAAUUGUUGGAUGAGAAAACGUAGUAAAAAAAAAUAAUUUUUUGUUUUCUUUUGGUCUCCUUUGUCCUACCUUAUUUGAUUCUACUAUUGUCUAAGAAAUUAUGUGAAAUUCUUUUCUGGGAAAUUAGCAGAUUUGUGGAAGUCAAACAGAAGUUCUUAAAAAAUAUUUUAAGGCCAAAACAUCCCUUUUUUCAUCUUUUGUUUUUUCUUUGCAGGUUAGAUUACUUUAUUGUCAUUUUAUGUCUGAUCAAACUAAGAAGAUAAAAUGGACAACAGAAAAGUCCAGUGAGAGGUGUUGAAGGUUAUUUAAUGUAAUUGUUGUACACCAAGAGCCAUUGCUUUGCAGCGAUUAUUAACAAAUGCAACUCAAGUCACUUGAUCACAUGCAUGAUUGUUAAACAGAAGAAAUAGCUGCAAAACCACCUUUACUAUCACCUACAACUAGACUUUAGAACAAAAUUGUGCCUAAAAACCAGUCAUAUGCUCGAAAAUGUUACAUAAUCAGCCAUAGCAAGAAAUAAAUCUUGAGUUUGACUGCAAAUGAGCGUGUUUACUUGUGUAUAGAGUUUGGUUUGGUUGUAUCAUGAAGCACAAUGCAUAUGAUUCUCAGAUUUUUAUCUCUGACCAUUUCUGCAUGUGAGGCUCUCUUUCUGUUGUCCAAAACUCCAAGAUAAGUUUGCUGUUGAGCCCUUAGAGUUUCCUUGUUCCACAAACUGUUUGUAUGUAGUGUGUCUUUGUUAAUGUGAUGUAAGUGCUGAUUGUUUAGAAUAAAAUGAAUGCACCUAUGAUGUUUUUGGUUUUCAUCGGAGCGUAGGUUCAGAUGGAAGUACACUAAUAAAAAAAGUGCUGCAACAA